AUGGCGCCACGCGCCGGCUCGGCAAUUUUGCUAAUCGCCGCCGUGUUUCUGUUCUCAUUCGGUGAGCCCGCCCCACCGCCCAGCAUGCGCGAACGGUUUCGCCCCGUCGAAAAGCCUGUCGAUGGCCUCAGAAUCGGUGAUGAGAGGCCCGCGCCCCGAGAAGUUCGUCAGGUCGAAGUAAAAAGUACGGCGUCAACGCCGAAGGUAGAGGACUCUGCAACGAGUUAUCAGAGUCCCCUCGAAAAGGGCUUUGGACGGCUGUGGUGGUGGUACGUGGCGGCGCUAUUUCUCGUGGUCAAUCUAUGCCUCUGCGAUGUCGGCCUCUGCCUCCUCAAGUGGCACCGCAAAAAGAUGAGGCACGAAAUCGAAGGGAAAUUCAGCAAUGAUCCAAGGGGCGCGGUGGUGGAAGACGAGGAAUUCAGCGAUGCCAUCACUUACAUCUAUCAUAUCAUGCCUUACGCUGAAAUGCAA